UCAUAUAUAAUCUGAUGACGUUUACAUUGUAUGUAAUUAAUAAAAACCGUAAAACAAAUUCGUUCGAAUUUAAACAUUUUUUUUUCAAUUCUUGGUUGAUUUGAUUCUACAAUGGACAAUAAUAAUAAAGUUGAAACUUUGCCAUCAUCGAUUGAUGACAAUUUAGAUCCUAAUCAUCAUCAACAACAACAACAACAAUCAGUACAAACAACGAUGAUGACAAAUUCAUCAAUACAAUCAUCAUCAACAACACCGAUGUCAACAACUUAUCUUGUUCCUAGUGUUUAUCCACCAACAAUCGCUGAUUCGGGUAUAUCAGCACCAAUAUCUUCAUAUCAAAUAUCAGCUUAUAAUCCACCACCACCACCACCGUUGAAUGAAUCGCAAAACAGCAAUAAUAAUGCAAAUUAUUUUUCUACAGAAACAUAUCAAAUGCCUACAGCAUAUACAAAUAAUCUUAAUCCACCGACUAACGUGAUACCGGAACAAGAACAAAAAACUUCGAUGUUUCUUCCACCACCACCGCCACCGCCGCCAUCACAACCUGCAAUCUAUUAUAGUGAUGGUGUUAUCUAUCCUGGUGAAUUAUCAUCAAAUUCGAACAAUGUGAUAACAACAAAUGAUGAUGACGACGACGAUGAAGAUGAAGAUGAAAUACAGGAUGUUGUUUUAUCCAAUGAAUUAGUUGAUUUAUACAAUAAUCUUGGUAUUGUUGGUAAAAUUUUAGCCGGUGGUUCAUUAGUAACAAUAAGAUUUUUACAAAUGUUUCGUAAUAUAAGUGAAACAUUGGUCGAUGCAUUAGGUAUUGCACAACCAAAAUAUCAACAAGAAUUACAAGCAUAUGAAGAAAUGAAACAAGAAGAACAACGAAGAGAAGCUGAACGUGAACAAUUGUAUGCUGGAUGGAAACCAAAUGUACCAUCUUCAUUGCCAUUACCGCCACAAAUUCCACCCAGUUAUUUACCACCGAGUUAUCAUCAUCAUAAUCAGCAGCAGCAACAACCUGAAAUGUCUUCCGAUAAUAUUCAAAGCUCAGCAUCUCCAAUUCUUCCACCAUCACCACCAACAACAAUGACUUCGAAUUCGAGCUUUGUUACUGAUUCUACAGUUAAUUUGCCAAAUUCAUAAAUGCAAUAUUUUUUUUCAAAUAAAACAUUUCAAAAUUAUAUUUUUUUCAAAUAAU